AUUGAAUCAUCUUUUUGACUAUUUCGUUACUUGAUACAGUUACGGCGUGCAUGACAAAAUAACGUAUGGUGUGUGGUUAUUUUUAAGUAUACCCGGUAAGCAAUUACAAGUUUUAGAUCUAAAUUCAAAAGAUAUAUCGAUAUUUUUGUUUCGCUUAUGGAAAAUCGUUCAUUUUUCCCAUUGUUCUUCAUGAUCAGAGUUUCAUAUGAGUACUACUCUUGAACAUAUUGGCUUCCUGGAAACGUUAGCUAAUUUAGCAAGUCCUAAAAACCAAUAAAUCUGAGCCAUUUGAGUCCAGCAACAUUUCUUGGUAGAAAUGGUUCCUUAUUUCUUCCAGACGGCCGCCUCUUCGGUUGAUUAUGAAAUGACAUCGGCUGGUAGCACAGUCAUUCCUUCUUCGUACGGAUACGUUCAGACUGACAGAACAUCUACCCUAAUUCACGAAGACACAGUCUCGUAGAAGUUUCUACGUCCCACAAAUCAAUGCUAUCCCCACACCUUGCCAAAUAAUCGCCUGAUACCUGAAACGCGAAUUUUGCAGAUUCACUCUGUUGGCCAGCCCAGGUGUUAGACGACUAACCAUACAUGGGUCCUCUGACACUUCCAACAUCUUCGAAUAUUCCCUCAAUAAGCUGACAAUUAACAAACAAAAUCAUGCUUUUGUUAAAUCUAAUGUUCGCUAUCCAUGGUUGCCAAUGAGUACACAACACGGAUUGUCGUUGAUACAGCUCCGUUUGUGAAAAGGACACGACUCGAGAAUUUCAAUGCUAUAAUUUAUACUCUCCCACAAGUUGUCGAUGAAAUUAAAGAUCCUCAAACACGUGAAUAUAUGAAAUGUCUGCCUUACACGAUAAAUUGUCAAAUACCACAGAAAGAAUCUGUGAAAUAUGUUAAAGAUAUUGCAAAGCGGACUGGAGAUAUUUCGGUGCUUUCUUCAACAGAUGUUCAUGUGAUUGCAUUAACUUAUGAAUUGUAUAGACAGUAUAUUGGGGAACCGAAAGUCAAAGAAAUAAAACCGUUACCAAGUAAUCUUAGUUUAUUGGCUCGUUGUGAAGUACCGAAAACGGAUAAAAAAAGUGGGAUAUCUGGUGAAGACGACGACGACAACGACGUUGAGGAUGAUGAUAAUGAGGAUGAUGAUAAUGAGGAUGUUGAGGGAGAAGGAGAAUCAGCAGCAGCAACAACAUCUGAAGAAGAAGAAGAAACGCAACAAGACGCCGAAUCUCUUGAACCUAAUGAUGAUGAUUGGAUAACAGAAGAUAAUUUUGAUGAAAAAGCUAUGACUAACUUUGGACUUGGACGUGAUUUCUCAGAUUCAAUGGAACCAAUAAAUAAAGCUCAGUCAGAUGUUGUAGCAUGUUUGACAACUGAUUUCGCUAUGCAGAAUGUUCUAUUUCACAUGGGUCUUGAUAUAGUCAGUUUGAAUGGUUUACGUAUUCGUCAGCCAAGAACUCAUUUACUAUGGUGCAGUGCAUGUUUCAAGCCUACAAAACGCACAGACACUUAUUUCUGUCCAUGGUGUGGACAUGCCAGCAUGCGUCGGAUCCCAGUGACUCUACACGAAGACGGCCAGUUAGAAUUCCACUUUGCAAGAAAAUUUAAGCCUAGAUUACGCGGUUUAAAACAACCUAUACGAAUUCCUAAGGGUGGAAAACAUGCCGAUGAACCAAUCUAUUGUGCAGAUCAACGUCUACCUGAUCGUCGACCAGCUCGUCCUAAAAAUGCAAAAGUUCUCCCUGUUGCUACAAAUGGUCUCUUAGGACUUGAAGAUGAUGAAUUGUCAAAGGUAUUAGAAUUUCAGUGUGAUUUGAACAACGCCUCGACAGCAGUAUUCCCGUUGAAUGAUACCACUAGCCGGUCUGCCCUACACGGGAUUCGAUCAGAUCAUCAAAUACCGAGUAGAGCAUUUCUACAAGGCAGUCGUCCGGAGCAUGGAUUAAAGCCGACCAGAGGGAAUGCGCAUAUAUCUAGACCACGGACAGGGAAUAAAAAGAGGCGGAAAUGAUGCGGCUGAUGACGACCAUGGUGAUGAUGCUGACGGCUUUUUUCUUCUCUUCUGUACGUAUCUAAUUUAUCUAAUUAAUUAAAGAAAAUACAUUUAUAUUAUAUAAUGGCUUGCUUUAUAUUCC